GAGAGAGAGAGAGAGAUGGGUCGCUGCUGUUGGUCUAAGUUGUGGGUUAUAGCAGUGGCUUUCGUUGUUAGUAGUGUAGGUUUGAAUGCUUCUGCUGUGACCCAAAGUGAUGGGUGGGAAGCUGCACAUGCGACGUUCUACGGUGAUAUGAACGGCGGUGAAACCAUGCAAGGAGCUUGUGGGUAUGGCAAUCUGAUAGAGGAAGGAUAUGGCCUACAGACAACAGCUCUAAGCACAGCACUCUUUAACAAUGGCCUCACUUGUGGUGCUUGUUUUGAAAUACAGUGUGACAAGUCCUCAUCGAAUUGGUGCCUUGAUGGCUCCGUCCUUGUAACUGCUACAAAUUUCUGCCCACCCAACUAUAGCAAGCCUGAUGGGAACUGGUGCAACCCUCCAUUGAAGCACUUUGAUCUCUCCAUGCCCAUGUUUGUCAAGAUAGCUCAGUACAAGGCUGGCAUUGUUCCGGUUCUCUACCGGCGUGUACCGUGCGUCAAAACCGGAGGUAUAAAGUUCGAGAUGUCGGCAAAGGGAAAUCCUAACUGGAUAAUGGUGUUGGUGUACAAUGUUGCCGGUGCCGGCGACGUUAACGAUGUGAAGAUUAAAGGUCCGAAUACGAAUUGGAUUCAAAUGUCAAGAAAUUGGGGACAAAACUGGCAAACUAAUGAACAAUUUUUAGGUCAAGCCUUGUCAUUCCAAGUGACUACCAGUGAUGGCAAGAUGGUGCAGUCUGAUAAUGUUGCACCAAAUGGUUGGAAAUUUGGGCAAACCUUUGAGGGCAAGCAGUUCUGAAAAAUAAAUAAAUGAGGGGUUUUUU